AUGCCGCCGGCCCAGUCGGAAAGUGCGCUGCCAAUGGUCCAGCCAUUGCUAAAGGAAUUCCAGCUACUCUUCUAUAUAUCCAAGAUUGCUGGGAUACUGCCGCAGGAUCUGGAGAAGUUUCGCACCAAAAAUGUGCUGGAAAAGUCGCGCAAUGGCAUGGUCUACAUGCUGGCUAUGCUGAUCGUCUAUGUACUGCUUUACAAUAUACUGAUUUACUCCUUCGGGGAGGAGGAUCGCACCCUCAAGGCCUCGCAGAGCACCUUGACCUUUGUGAUAGGGCUGUUUCUCACCUACAUUGGCCUCAUUAUGAUGGGCACGGACCAGUUAACAGCCUUGCGUAACCAGGGCCGCAUUGGAGAGCUCUACGAGCGCAUUCGUCAUGUGGACGAGCGUUUGUACAAGGAAAAGUGUGUGGUAGACAACAGCCACAUUGGGGGACGCAUUCGGUUUAUGCUAAUCAUGACGUUCCUCUUUGAGCUCUCCAUCCUGUUGGCCACGUACAUCAAGCUCGUCGAUUACACCCAAUGGAUGUCCGUUCUGUGGAUUGUCUCGGCCAUUCCCACUUUCAUCAAUACGCUGGACAAGAUUUGGUUUGCUGUCUCGCUGUAUGCGCUGAAGGAACGCUUCGAGGCCAUCAACCAGACGCUGGAAGAGCUGGUGGCCACCCACGAGAAGUUCAAGCUGUGGCUGCGGGGCGAUCAUGACACUAGCAGUCGAACGCUGGACAGCUCCCAGCCACCGGAGUACGACAGCAAUUUGGAGUACCUGUACAGGGAGUUGGGCGGCUUGGACAUGGGCUCGCUAAAGGGAUCUGGAAAGAACAAGGUGGCGCCUGUUUCCCACUCGAUGAACUCUUUUGGCGAAUCCAUUGAGGCCUCUGACAAGGCCACUCAUCAUCCGAUAUCCGUAAAUAUGGCGCACGAGAGCGAGCUAAGCAACGCGUCCAAAGUGGAGGAGAAGCUAAACAAUCUAUGCCAGGUGCACGACGAGAUCUGUGAGAUUGGCAAGGCCAUGAACGAGCUGUGGAGCUACCCGAUUCUCUCUUUGAUGGCGUAUGGAUUCUUAAUAUUCACGGCACAGCUGUAUUUCCUCUACUGCGCAACACAGUUCCAGUCGAUACCGUCACUGUUCCGCUCGGCCAAGAAUCCUUUCAUCACUGUCAUUGCAUUGAGUUAUACGUCCGGAAAGUGUGUGUAUCUCAUCUACCUGAGUUGGAAGACCUCUCUGGCCUCGAAGCGCACUGGCAUCAGCCUGCACAAGUGCGGCGUGGUCGCGGAUGAUAACUUGCUCUUCGAGAUCGUCAAUCAUUUGUCGUUGAAGCUGCUCAAUCACUCGGUGGACUUUUCCGCCUGCGGAUUCUUCACUUUGGACAUGGAAACGUUAUACGGCGUCAGUGGUGGCAUCACCAGCUACCUCAUCAUAUUGAUUCAGUUCAAUUUGGCCGCCCAGCAGGCCAAGGAGGCCAUUCAGACAUUCAAUUCGCUGAAUGAUACCGCCAGCUUGGUUGGCGCUGCCACUGAAAUGGACAAUGGUAGCUCCACUUUGUACGAUCUGGUUACUACCACCAUGCUAACGCCAACAGUUUGAAG